AUGACGAGCAGCUCGUCGCCGUCGAGUAGUAGCCCCGACACGCAGCCAGAGACGACGAGCUUCGACCAUCUGCAGGCGCUCCGCAACGUGCAGCUCAUCGAGCGCAACGAGUACCCUCUGAAGCACCUAGCGCAGGAGAAAGUGCGACGUCGUAGUCGUCGAGACGAAGAUGACGAAGACGACGAAGGCGCGUUGUGCUUCUGCACGUACCCGGAUGCAAUGGAGCGCGAGGACGCCGAGCAAAAGGGCGAGCAGCUGCGGCGCUGCGACGACGUGUCGUGCCUCAACUUUGCCACGUAUGUCGAGUGCUCCGCGUCGUGUCCAGCCGCUCAGUACUGUAGGAACCAGCGCCUGCAACAUCCCGAGCGAUAUCCGCUGCUAGAACCUUUUAAAACGGAGCAGAAGGGCUACGGCGUGCGAACGAGACAGCAUAUCCCUCAAUUAAGCAUCGUGGGGGAGUACGUGGGCGAGAUUAUCGACCAGAAGGAGCUGGCGAGGCGACUGAAGAGCGUCCCGAGACACGAACUGAACUUUUACUACUUAUUACUGGCCCCUGGCGUGUACAUUGACGCCCGGAACAAAGGCAGCUUCACUCGGUUCGUCAACCACAGCUGCGAACCCAAUUGCAAGACGGAAAAGUGGACAGUCAAAGGGGAGACGAGGAUCGCCGUGAGUGCGUUGAGGGACAUCGAAGUGGGCGAGGAGCUGACGUUCGAUUACAAGUGGAAGGCGCUGGGGUCCAGACAGAUCACGUGUUGCUGCGGCGCUCCGAGCUGUAAGGGGGUGAUCGGCACGCAGAACGAGACGCUGCAGAACGCCGAGGCGCAGACAGGGUACUUCCGAGACCCGGAGAAGCAGGAGACUGGCGACGCACUCGUAGGACGACGCGUGCGUGUCUUCCUGUCCCCAGAGGACAAGACCGAGUACGACGUGCAGCUUGUGAAGGCGUACGACGAGCAGCAGGAUCGCUACCAAGUGGAGGAUUUGCUGGAGCCUGGAGGCUACGAGACGGACGAGAACGACACGGAAGAGGAGGAGCAGGAGAAACAGUUUGUGCAACUUAAGGAGAAUGGAUGGCAACUUUACUGUCCGCCCGGAGAUAAAGAGGGUGGCCAGGUGUUUGCCAUCCCCAAGAGACGACUCCCAGUCGCGAGCGAUAGCAGAGACCCGUCACCGAAGCAGGAAACGACGUCCCAGUCGCCUGUACGCACUCCGUCCCCUGUAGCGAUGGCGAGACUGGAAAGCGGCUUGAAUACGCAGAAGAAGAACGAAUACGGCGAGUUGCUGGACCGCGAGGGCAAAGUUGUGUCCAAUAAGCUGCUGGUCAAGUUCUUACCCAAGGAAUACGCUGAGCGAGGGCUACGCAGCCUGUUUGUCAGUCGGAAACACCCCCACGCACUGGUGAGUGCAGACGUAUUUAACUUCCUGGAUGGCACUGGCUGGGCUCUCGUGGAGUUGGAAAGCUACGAGCUUGCGUCUUCGUUUCGUCGCACUCUGGACCGCCGUAACCUGCUUAACAAGAUGCUGCGAGUGUAUCAGGCAGGCACGAAGGAGUUGGAGAACUUUCGUCAUCAGAAAUCCAAGGUGCUAAUGAUGCGUCAAGCGGGGAUAACGAGCAGCUCUCUGUCUUCCGAAGGCAAGGAGAACGUGCAAGAGAAGAGAACGGACCCGUAUUGCUUCGGCAGGAAGCUCAACUGGCUCGUCACUGAGGAGGAGCUCAAGAGUUUGUCGGUCCAGCAAGUUUUGUCCGCGUCACUGGAAGAAACGCUGCGAGUCAAGUACGUCAAGAGCAUUUUCCACAUCGCCAAAGGCCUGCGGCUGGAUCGAGAAGACGCCACCAGUGCCAUCAUCGCGCUGAAUCGAUAUUUCACGUUCCACACGAUGCCGAUGAAAGUCGAUAUAUUUGCGGCGACGAUGCUGCACUUGUUUCUAAAGGCCCACGCUCGGAAAGUACCCUGGACAGCCUUUGUGAAGGAAGUCUACAAGGCCAAGCACGGUUCUGCUGCUGCUGAACGUCUCACAGCUGCGUCUCCGGAGCUUGGAGUGCUCAAGCGCCAUCUAGUGAAGGCGGAAAGCGAACUGCUGGAAGGUCUGCACUACGACGUGACAGGAGAGGACCCGUACGCGCUGCUGGACCUUUUGACGACGCGCAAGAGCUCCAAGAAGCUGGUAGCGCUGUCUCAAAACGGCUAUGGCCACCACGUGACUCCAUUUCUCACGUCGUUGCCCCCGCCAGAGGUCCAAAAGGAAGCGAAACACUUGGUGGCAGAGGCCUUACCGUUGCCCAUUUGGACGCACACGCCGGUGGAAUGUGUGAUGCUCAGUGUGGUCUACGUGAGUGCGGCAGUAACGGAAGCUCUGAGCUCUCGUCAAGCGCCUCCGAUCAGCAAACUCCCCGACUUUUUGCCUCAACUGGACUUGCAGGGAAACGCCAGCGAAGCGCGCAUGUUGUUGGACUGCUCGCUAUCCAUCUGCACGCAGCUGAAAGACCGGUGGGCGCGUCUGGAGAAACAGUCUAAGUCCGCACAGCAGACAAAACCCAAGGAUGCGAACGCGGCCGACUUCGAUAUGACCCAGUUCGACGUCUCGAAGGACAAAAAGGAUGUCGAGAUAUCGGAAAGGAUAGCGCAAUUGCUCAAGCAAUGGGUUAACCUGCCUGCUCCCAGCGUGUCAGCUGGUUUAUCCGCUCUAGGUGCGGUUUCUGCCGUGUCUGUGGCAUCGGGAAUGAAGGGUUAUUCGACUGCAGCACCCUCGUACAGUACAGGAAAGAGGUUUAUCACGUUCAAGGCGAUGGGAAGUGCAGUACCAGUGCCCAGCUCAACAUUAAGUACCGGUAGUGGCCACGUGGGGAUUGUCUCGGCGUUGUCGAUCUCGCCUAAAAAGGCUGCAGCUGGUACAACCGACUCGAAUGUGGGGGAGGUUCGCAUCCACACAGACGAGAUCGUGAAGGUCGAGUCUAUCCGGAAACGAGCUUUCUUGGGCGUCAUCUCGAGCGACGUGGGGUUCGACUUGGCUGGGAAGCCCGUGUAUUUGCAGUCAUGGCCGUAUCUGGAGCAGGAGACGUUCUUCACGGAAGAAAAGGGCCUCAACGAUGCAUGUUUACGCGAACUGUCAGCAGCGACGACGCUCUCGUCGCUCUUGCCCGACCGCUUUAUGAAUCUCCAUGGAAUCAUCUUCCCUGCCGAUCGAAAAGACCGUCAAACAAGCGAGUCGAAGACUGGCAACUCUGACGUUGACGAGCUGGACUUACUUGCCGCCACUAUUGACGAUGACGGGAACCCGCUGCCAGAAGGCAUCGACCGCCUGACACGCCAGAAACAUUACCUGGCGUUCGAGCAGCCCUUGCACAUGUUCUCGGGGAUUUUUGAGGCCCACGUCUCUCUCGCUCCGGAGUUGCGUAAGAAGGUUAUCUUUGACAUGCUUCAGAGUUUGUCAGCUGUGCAUGACCAAGGCUACGUGCAUCGCUUCAUCGCCCCGUCGCAUCUGUUGGUGUUCCAGAACGGCGUCAAGCUGGGAGGGUUCCACGCGAUGCGUAAGAUCGCCAACAUCAAGUCGAAGGACGGAGAAGGGCCGACUGUCGCUGGCUACGAACUGAGCGACAGCGAGCGUAAAGAGCACUGCUAUGGCGCGUGGCUGUACGUGACUGCCCCCGAAGUUCUGCUGGGAGAGACCAAGUACACGUGGCGCUCGGACGUGUGGUCGGCUGGGUGUGUCGUGCUUGCCAUACUGCUCGAGAAGAUCCCAUUCCUCCAAGGACAAGACGUCAAGGUGCAGCUGGAUCUCAUCUAUCGCUUGUGCGGCACGCCCAGCAUGUCGUGGGACGGCGCACAUAAACUCCCGCUGUACAACUCGUUCCGGCCCAAACACGAGUACAAGAUGCGUCUGCGAAAGACUCUACUGGAGCAGCGAUCCAAGUUCCCAGACUUCCCGGAAGAUGCCGUCGAGGUGUUGGAAGCGAUGCUGCAGUUGGAUCCUGCGAAACGCAGCACGGCUAAGAGGCUCCUUGAGAUGCGCUACUUUGACAGCGUUCGUGGCAGCGAGAGAGCGUUCGACUUUGGUGACUUGCCCUCGACUUUCCCGGUGCAGAAGAAGAAGCUCGUGCAGCAUUUACUAAAGGCGAAAGUCAAGAAACACCGCAGUGCUGGCAGUCGCACUACGUCAUCGCGAUCGUCUCAUCACCACAAACAAAGCAGUGAACAGCAUCGGCACAAGCGAUCAGCAUCAUCGACACAGGAUGGAGUAGGGGAGAAACCGAGUCAACAUGACCGACACAAGUCCCGAAGCGACAAGCGGAAAUCCAGGUCGUUGUCGACUUCACGUCGAGAAGUCAAGCAGGCAGAUGCCGAGGACGCAGAGAUGCAGGACGUCAGCGAGUACGUCCCGUUGCCGGCGAGUUUCACAGCCGCUGCUGGAUCUUCCCCCUCACGGCCGACGGAUGAUAGUUUACCUCCUCGAGAAAAACGUGCCAAGCUGGGCUGGGGUAUGGGGCUCAACUCGGUAGCAUAA